GGAACUAGAGCGCGCACUGGCCACCUUGAGGCUGUGCGGUUCCAUACGCAGGCUGAGAAGGCUUAGCUUGAAAGGGGCGCAUCACAAGAGCCCCGGUGAAAGUUGGCACGCUUUGCCGGUCAGAACGAAAGCAGAAGCAAGCUGGGCAGCAUCUCGAAGCGCAGUCGUUUUUCACCCUCCGUCGCCUCCCAGUCUGGGGUGGCGUUCCGCAGACCCCCGGAGCCCGGAGGGCUGGAGCGACCCGGGUGGCGCCCCGCGUGGCCGCGCACACCCGCCGAUGCAGACUCCGGCCCGCAAGCCCCGCCUCCCGGGCCCAGCUGAUCCGCGCCGCCCUGCAGGCCCCACACCUCGGCCCCGCGGAGCCCCACGCCACCCGCGCCCGCCAACCCCGCGCCGCCGACCUAGGUCCGGGCCGCGCACCUCCCGCCGCGCGCGCGCGCCGAGAAGGGAGCGGGAGGCGGGGCGGCCUACGCGGUGCGGCGGAGCGGUGAGUGGCGCGUCCCCGCUGCGGCCAUGGAGGUCUACAUCCCGUCCUUUCGCCACGAGGACAGCGAUCUGGAGCGCGGCUACACGGUGUUUAAAAUAGAAGUGCUAAUGAACGGAAGAAAACAUUUUGUUGAGAAACGGUACAGUGAAUUCCAUGCCUUGCACAAAAAGCUUAAGAAAUGUAUAAAGACUCCGGAAAUCCCUUCUAAACACGUCAGGAACUGGGUCCCCAAAGUCCUGGAACAACGGAGGCAAGGCCUGGAAACCUAUUUACAGGCCGUCAUCUUGGAAAAUGAGGAACUUCCCAAACUCUUCCUUGACUUCCUCAAUGUAAGACACUUGCCCUCUCUACCAAAAGCAGAAAGCUGUGGAUCUUUUGAUGAGACAGAAUCCGAAGAGUCAAGCAAGCUAUCCCACCAGCCGGUGCUGCUGUUCCUUGGGGACCCAUACGUCUUGCCUGCAGCCAGCGGUAAUCAAACCUGUCAUCUGCUACAGCUCUUUACUGAUCUGCCCCUGCACCACAUAAACCACGUUUGUAACACGGGUCUAACGGAGUGACAUCGGUCCAGGGCUUAAUCAUCUGCCAAUAAACCAGGGCUCUCGGUGCAAGAGACAUUUAGAAUUUUAAUUGGGGCCGGCCUUUCAGGAGGAAAUGUAAUUUUUCUUUCUCUCUUCCUGGCCUAUUUUGAAUUAGAGAAAGAAGGGAUAAAGAUAUUUAUUUUUAUUUUCUUCCCUUUUUUGUGUGAUGUUAUUUAGAUGGCUGCUUGUUUUUAAUCUAGAUGUCAGAGUUCAGGCUGGAGGCUCUAGUCCUUCCUAAAAAUGCUUCUUUCCAAAAGCCUUGUGCGUGCAUGGCCGGUGUACCUGGGUUCCUAUUUAGAUUUCAGUGUCUCUGAUGGUGAACUAUAUAUUCUUAAGUGGUAUAUUCUAAGUACAGCUAAUUGAUUUAAGUAUAGCCAUAAUCGAUAUUUUAGCCUGCGUCCCUUUUCAGUUCCAAUUCCCAAGAGUCUUCCUCAAAUGUUCUCCUUUGUACCAUUCCCAGAGGCUGUUCUUGGACGUCAUCUCGUUUGUCCGAGAGCAGCCUUAUAAAAUGGGCCCAGCAGGUAAUACCAUUGUCUAAGGGAAAAAACCCAGACUCAGGGAUGUGGUGACUUGGGCGGCUCUGGUGGACCAUUUGAGGCCUGAGCUUCCCCUUUCUUUUAGCAUAUCAGGUCUCUAGCCCCUGAGAAUCACAAAUAUCACAGCCACAUGAAAACAUAAAGGAGCCAUUGUUUCUGUCAACAAAACCUUCCUACGAGCUGGACAGGGGGCGGGCACUGUUUCAGUAGCACAGGGCUCAUCUUGAGUUCACCCGCUUACCUACCCGUAACGGAAAAGUGGUCAGGACUCAGACACAGUUCACUAACAGACUCCUCUGAGUGGUCAGAGGGCUGCCUCAGCUGUAAGGAAUACAGUGCUGUGGUGGCUUUUUGUGCAUGUCUUCUCGAUAAGGAAUAGUGGCCACUCCUAAGAAUCGCUUCCUGUGUUUAAAGCGUUUGUGCAUUAGCUGGUGUCGUACUAACAUAUGACGUAUGUUAGUUAUUGUCAUGCUUAGCAGCGAUAGCACAAGCUAGUCUACAUUAAGUAGCCAGCUGCAUACAUAAUUUUCCUAGGAAUUGUCUCUAUUCAGAUAUCUCAUGCACUUGUCCUAAGUUCCUGCAGGAAGGGAGAGAACCAGCCUAGACAAGGAUAGCCAGGGGCUCGGUGAAAGGGUGGGGUGUGGGGUGCUAUGAUUUGUGAUCCUUAAAUCUGAUUUUUUUAAGGUGCUUAUUAAGCAGCACCCACCACAUAGCACACACUUUGACAGUACUGAAGACAAGCCUCUGGGAAGCAACGUCAGGGGCAAUGGCUGUGGUCGAUGGGCUUGGUGGUCAGGAAGAAAAGGGGUUCAAGGGGCUGGAGAGAUGGCUCAGUGGUUAAGAGCACCGACUGUUCUUCCAGAAGUCCUGAGUUCAAAUCCCAGCAACCACAUGGUGGCUCACAACCAUCUGUAAUGGGAUCCGAUGCCCUCUUCUGGUGUGUCUGAAGACAGCUACAAUGUACUUGUAUACAAAAUAAAUAAAUAAAUAAAUAAAAAAGAAAAGAAAAGGGGUUCAAGGGCCAGCCUUCUUGCUGUUUUCUUAGAAUUUUGGCACUCCCUGUUUUAGAAAUCCGACUUCUCUGGCCUUAGAGAAACUUUACCUGUACCCUACUGGGUUGUUCAGAUGCUUUUCAGCGAGUGGAAGUCAUUAUUCCAGAAAACACUGCAUGUGGAGAUAAUGUGGAGCUCUGUGGACUCACAUUUACUUUCUCUCCAUUUCAGAUAUUCUGUCCAAACAUUCUGUUAGAAAAUGCUAAUACUCAGGGCUGGACAGCAGCUUUACUGGCAAAGAGCUUGCCACCCUAGUGUAAAGUCUGAGUUCUAUCCACAGAACCUACAUUUAAAAAAAGAAAAGAAAGCCAGGCAUGGUGUCAUGGUGGCGCAAGCUAGAGGCAUGUGGGAGGGUCUCUGGAGCUCACUGCCAGUGUGGCUGAAUCAGUGUACUCUCAGUCACUGAGACCCUGUCUGCAAAAACAUAGAAUGACACCGGAGUUGACCUCCACCUUCCAUAUCAUCACACAUAUGCGCGCGUGCGCGCACACACACACACACACACACACACACACACACACACACACACAUACAGAGUUUAAUAGCUGAUCAUUACCUUCUUUGCUUUUAACAAAAGUCAAGAGAAUACCCUCAGUUUUAAAGAUCUGUUCAUGUCUAUCUCACAUGUAUAAAUGUUUACCUGCAUAUAUGUAUACACACCAUCUGUGUCUCUGAAACAGGAAUUAUAAAUGGUUGUGAGUCCCCUUGUGGGCACUAGGAACCAAACCCAGGUCCUCUGUAAGAGCAGCAAGUGCUCUUAACCAGUGAGCCAGUUCUAGCCCCUGGAGAGAACUCCCUUAAUAUCUUAACAGAUUCAAACGCAUACGCCUUUUGGCUUUGUCUUAACUCUUCUGGAAAAUGCAAAACAGCUCUUUCCAAGGACCCAGGUAUGGGCUGGACGUUCUGGACAAUUUUCCCCUUUGUUUUACUAGCCCUUUCAUCAGCUUUACAUGUCUUGGCCACAUCCUCUCCCUUCCAACACUGUCUCACCACUAGCUUUCCCAUCAAAGACUGGAUGCUGCUGGGUGGGUUUUUCCUUAGAUAAUCUCCUGCUGAUGGCCUUGAACUACCUCAUCAGUGCAACCAAGAGGCACUAUUGCUAUUUCCAACAUAGGCACUUGUUCUGGUUUGCCAGAACUCUGUGGUCUACUCCAGACUAUCUCUCAUCACACGCUCCUUGGCUGCUGCUACUCUGCAAUCCAUUCUGGGCCUCAAGUGUACCAACUCUGCACACCCUACCCCC